AUGGCCCCAGCACUUGUACUUCAGUCUUCAUCGUCCAACGCGAAACCCACGGCUACCACACAAGCAACUAUCAAGACACCAUUGCCAAACCCUUCGUUGCAGGUUACCGCGGACCAUAAUUUGAAGCUGCAAGAGGCGCCUGUGUACGCGCCAAAGAGAGGUGAAGUGCUGUUGCAUGUCAAGGCUACAGGUGUUUGCGGAUCCGACAUUCACUUCUGGAGAGCUGGGAGAAUAGGGUCACUCGUCGUUGAAGGAGAUUGUAUCCUUGGCCAUGAAGCAGCAGGCAUUGUUCUGCAGUGCGGUGAGGAUGUCACAAGUCUCAAGCCUGGCGAUCGCGUAGCAGUCGAGCCUGGUGUUCCGUGUGGUUCAUGCUUUCUUUGCAUGGACGGUCGGUACAACCUUUGUGAAGACGUCCAAUUUGCAGGUGUCUACCCGUAUCACGGUACUAUACAACGCUACAAGACGCAUCCUGCGAAAUGGUGUCACAAACUUCCACCCAGCGUCUCGUAUGCAGAAGGCGCGCUCCUCGAACCGCUUUCCGUUGUUAUGCAUGGUAUCAAGUCAGCAGGCCUAUCUUUAGGCCGUGGUGCAGUAAUUUGUGGUGCAGGUCCAAUCGGUCUUAUUGCGCUGGCUGCAGCGAGAGCGAGCGGAGCGCAUCCACUUGUUAUCACGGAUCUUGAGCCUAAGCGAUUGGCGUUCGCAAAGCAGUUUGUGCCGACGGUUGCCACUUACCAGGUUGAUCGAAAUCUAGAUGCACAAGGUAAUGCGAAGAAGAUCAGAGAGCUCUUCGACUUUGACAACGUGGGCGAGUACGGUGCACCAGAAACUGUGCUGGAGUGCACGGGUGUGGAGAGCAGUAUCGUUACUGCGGCAUACACAGCGAGAAGAGGUGGUACGGUCAUGGUAAUAGGUGUAGGGAAAGAGAUCAUGAACAAUCUACCUUUCAUGCAUCUGAGUCUUGCAGAGAUCGAUCUCAAAUUCAUCAACCGCUAUCGCGACACAUGGCCCGCUGGCCUUCAAUGUUUAGCUGGUGGUAUACUUGAUCUGAAACCGCUUGUCAGCCAUACCUUCCCGUUAGAGAAUGCGCUCGAUGCGUUGCAUACAUGCGGGGAUUUGAGCAACGGAAGUAUCAAGGUACAAAUUAUCGACGAAGUGGAUGAUGUACUGUAG